UCGAUGAAGUAUUUUGUGUACAAUUUUUCUAUAUAAAUUUACUAACUAAAGUUUUGUGUUUACUUACAUUUAAAAGUAAAUCAAUAGUCAAUCAAUGUAUUUUUAAAUUGAUCAGAAUGCCAAAAUCGGAUGAAAAAUGUUCAACAAAUAAACUUCCAAGUAGUGCUAAAAGCUCCAACGCCGAUCGAUCUCCAAUUCCGUCAUCAUCGAAGUCUAUCGUUUUGGAGCAAAACGGAGAGAAAAAGAUUCUCAAAAAAAUCAAACUAAAAGGUCCUAUCAAAUCACCGCCUGCAGCGAAACAAGAAAAAACCUUUACCUGUACAUUUUGUAAAACUACCUUCAACAACCACGAACAGCUUAGGAUACAUUUUCUGAAACAUGGAGCCGAGUCAAAACUCAGUAAAAAUCCUGACCAUCCAGGACGUGCUAGCCAUGAAACGAUUAUAUCAUUGAUUGAAUGCGAAUGGUGCCCGGAAACAUUCACUUCGAUGUCGAAGGCAAUAGAACACAAAUAUCGCAAGCAUAAUUAUGAGAGCAAGAACUACUUUUGUGCUCUAUGUGGACGAUUAUUUCCCUUGAAGGUAGCACUUGAUCAGCAUCAAAGUCUGGAGCAUAAAGAUGACAGCAAAAUAAUGGUGCCUCGGUUAGACUUUAUCUGUGGCUUCUGUGGAACAGCCUUCAUUUCACAUUCCGCCUUGGAAUUGCACGUCAAAACAGCUCAUAACUUGGAGCAACGUAUGAUGAAUCAUCCAUUUGUACCGGCGCCCUCGAAAAAGGUACGAUUGAAUCAAGCCGGAGAGAUAAUUUCGAUUUACUACUGUCAUCUGUGCGGCUCUGAAUACAUGUUGAAAUUCAAUCUACUGAAGCAUAUUGAAGAUCAUCACUCGUACGAAGAGCGUUGUGCGGUUCCAGAGGAUCUACUGAAAUGUAGUACAUGCGAUUCAGUAUUCUAUACAAAGAAAGCAUUUGAUGCACACAACAUUCAUCACAAACCGGAAGACCUCUAUUGCACAAGCGAAGAACACCGGUUAAAUAUUGUAGCCCGGGUAGACCAGGACUUCGAUUUCCGAAGGGUUCCAACAGCAAUCGACAAGGCGCUGGGAUCUCUGUCGGGAAGUAGUGGUUCGGACUCGGCGGCUUCGCUAGCAAAAAAGCAUAGUUUAAAGACGAAAAAAGGCAAGAAAUCGACCGGAUCCGCUGCCAGCAGAGGAAAAACCAAAAGCAAACCGACUACAUCUGAUACCACUCCCAAGGGUCUAUGCUUAUUGAGCGCUAGUGAAGAGCCACCUUCCGGUUUGGAAACUUUAAGCUUCUUACUUGGUGACUGAUUAGGAGUUUUAUUAUAACAUAAUAGUACUUCGUAGCUGUUAAGUUUAAAGUAAAUCGAUUGAGUAUUAAAACCCUGCUGUAGAUAAAGACCUGAAUUACAUUUUUUUUAUUGGAAAUCCAUGUUGAUUGUAGAUUUCUGGGUGAUAUAUUAGAACCAGUAUCCUAUGCUUUGAGAUAAAAUGAAAAGUGUCGAUGUAUGACGUUUGAUGUUUUCUCUUACUGUUACGCAAUCUGCGAACGCACCUCCGCUACCAACGAACCGCAUACGGGACGCACGACCACUAUCACAAAGCGGGUUGGUAGAGAAACGUCAAAAGGAAAAAAAAAAAAAGGAAGAGAAAGAAUCAGUGAAUAGCUUAUUUCUAAAUUACUUCUGAAAAUUUCUAAAUUGUGAAUUUGCUUAGUGCCUAGUUUAAAAUUAUAUUAGUAAGAGGUAAAAAUUAAUUGCUUAGUGCCUAGUUUAAAAUUGUAUUAUUAAGAGGUAAAAAUUAAUUAGAAACCUAGAUUAAAAAUACUAUUACUAACUAGUUUACAAACCUAACUUAUCACAGGUCGGAGCAUCACAGUUGGUGGUAUUAGCAACUAGUUAUUGCAGUUAUUAGUAAUUUAACUACCGUACGAUACCGCUUACCGGACAGAACGAAAAUCACAAGUAGACAGUAAACG